GGCGCCAGGGUCUUGGUGGCCUGAGCGGUCUGGGCCCCGAGGUCGACGCCUGUGACUGCAGCGGCCGAGGCUGAGGGACCCGCCGCGGCUCUGUGGCCGGAGAGGGAGGGCCCCGCGGCCGUCGGCUGGAAGCCGAGGAGCCCCCAGUGACCUCGAGGGAUUCUCCAGACUCCUCCACAGCCGGUCCCCGCCCAGCUGAGGACGGAGCCCCUGGACUCCCAGGUUCCUUGCCAGGGAGGAGCAGGAGGAGGAGAAAUCCAUCUGCAGGGCUGGGUGUAGCCUGAGGGACAGGCCAUUGGUCCCAGAAUGCCCCUGCCUGAGCCCAGUGAGCAGGAGGGUGAGAGCAUGAAGGCCGGCCAGGAGCCAUCCCCUGAGCCGGGCACAGAUGUCAUCCCGGCAUCUCCCAGCAAACCCAAAGAGUUCUCCAAACUGGUCCUGCUGACGGCCUCCAACCAGGACGGGGAUGGAGUGGGCUCCAAGCCCAAUGGCAUGCACCGUGUCAUGUCCCUGGAGAUGUCUGGCCCCCCCACCCUCACCAGCACCCUCCAGGUCCUGCCAGCCAAGGAGCAGGGGGGGUCCAUCCAGCCAGGCCCCUGUGCCCUUGAGCAGAAAGGCAGCAAGCUGGACACAGCCCUUAAGCCCCUGGAGUUUCUGAGGACCCCGUUUGGGGGCCGCCUGCUGGUGCUCGAGUCGUUCCUGUACAAGCAGGAGAAGGCUGUCGGGGACAAGGUGUACUGGAAGUGCCGGGAGCACGCCGAGCUGCGCUGCCGGGGCCGGGCCAUCACCCGUGGCCCACGAGCAACAGUGAUGCGGGACCACUGCCACCCGCCAGAUGAGAAAAGCCUGGAGGCCCGGCGCCAGAGGGAGAAGCUACCCAGCCCAGCCCUGCCAGAGGGCUUGAGGGAUCCCCAGGGUCCCGAAAACCCUGGAGGCCGACUGCAGGAGCCACUUGAGGGAGUGGACCCAUGGCUGUGCCCUGAGGAGCUGGAGCCUACCCCUGAGCUGGCGCUGAGCAAGCUGGCCCCAGAGGAGCACCGGGCACCCCAGGUCCUGCCACUACUGAGCUUGCCUCCCAAGAAACGCCCAAGGCUGGGGAUGGGCCAGGCCUGGUCCCUCGAGUUCCUGAGGACGUGCUACGGUGGCAGCUUCCUGGUGCACCAGUCAUUCCUGUACAAGCGGGAGAAGGCCGUGGGUGACAAGGUGUACUGGACGUGCCGCGACCAUGCACUGCACAGCUGCCGCAGCCGGGCCAUCACUCAGGGCCAGCGGGUGACUGUGAUGCGCAGCCACUGCCACCCUCCUGACAUGGAGGGCCUGGAGGCCCGGCGGCAGCAGGAGAAGGCCAUGGGGAUGCUGCAGUCCAGGCCGGAUGACCCCCGGGGCCAAGGAGACAAGGUGCUCCAAGGUGUGGACAGUCUGCUCUACCGCAGGGGGCCAAGCACCUUGACUCUGACCAGGCCCCAGCCCCGAAAGCGAGCAAAGGUCAGAGGUGAGGGGCUUCCGGCCCAGCCCCAAGACUUGCAGGGAUCCCCUGAUGAGGACCAGGAUGCUGACCCGGGAGGCCCUGAGUUCCUGAAGACCCCCCUGGGGGGCAGCUUCCUGGUGUAUGAGUCCUUCCUCUACAGGCGGGAGAAGGCCGCGGGGGAGAAGGUGUACUGGACGUGCCGGGACCAGGCGCGCAUGGGCUGCCGCAGCCGGGCCAUCACCCAGGGAAGGCGGGUGACUGUGAUGCGUGGCCACUGCCACCCGCCCGACCUGGGGGGGCUGGAGGCCCUGAGGCAGCGGGAGAAACGCCCCAACCCAGCUCAGCGAGGGAGCCCAGGAGGCCCUGAGUUCCUGAAGACCCCCCUGGGGGGCACCUUCCUGGUGUAUGAGUCCUUCCUCUACAGGCGGGAGAAGGCUGCGGGAGAGAAGGUGUACUGGACAUGCCGGGACCAGGCGCGCAUGGGCUGCCGCAGCCGGGCCAUCACCCAGGGCCAGCGGGUGAUGGUGAUGCGCCGGCACUGCCACCCGCCCGACCUGGGGGGGCUGGAGGCCCUGAGGCAGCGGGAGCAGUUUCCCAACCUGGCCCAGUGGGAAGACCCAGGAGCCCUCCGGCCCCUGGAGUUCCUGAGGACUUCCCUCGGGGGAAGGUUCCUGGUGCAUGACUCGUUCCUCUACAGGAAGGAGAAGGCGGCUGGGGAGAAGGUGUACUGGAUGUGCCGGGACCAGGCUCGGCUGGGCUGCCGCAGCCGGGCCAUCACGCAGGGGCAGCGGGUGAUGGUGAUGCGCCGGCACUGCCACAUGCCCGACCUGGCAGGCCUGGAGGCCCUGAGGCAGCGGGAGCGGCUCCCCAGACUGGCCCAACAGGAGGACCCAGAAAAGAUAAAACUUCUGCCUAACAUUCAACUGUGCUCCAAGACUUGUUCUCCAGAAAGCCAGCAGAUGUGUGGGUAAUUGUAUGAGUCAUCCAGUGCUGUGUCACAAAUUAUUUCAGAACCUAGUGGCUUAAAACAACAAAUAUUUACUCUCUCUCAUAGCUUUCGGGGGUCAAGAUUGCAGAAGUGGUUGGGCUGGGUGAUUCUGACUCAGGGUCUCUCAUGAGGUUGAAGAAAAGAUGUAACCAGGGCUACAGUCAUCUGAAGGCUUGAGUGGGGUAGAAGAUCUGCUUCCAGAAUAGCUCAUUUAAUCACAGGGCUGUGGGCUGGAGGCCUCUGUUCCUCACCACAUGGACCUCUCCUCAGGGCUGCUUGCGUGUCCUCAAACGUGGUAGCUAUCUUCCCCCAAAGGGAGUGAUCCAAGAACCAGUGGAGCAAGAAGGCAGCCGCCAACAGCAGCAGAAUUCCUAUUCUUCUCAAGCACCCAUGAGCACUCUCCAGGAUAGACCAUGUCUAGGCUGUAAAAUAAGGCUCCAUAAAUGUAAAAGGAUUAAAAUCAUACAAAGUAUGUCUUCUGACCCCAGUGGAAUGAAAUUAGAAAUCAAUAAUGGAAAGAAAUUUUGGAAACUCACAAAUAUGUGGAAAUUCAACACCACACUCCUAAAAAAAACCAAUGAGUCAAAGAAACUAUCACAAGGGAAAUUAGAAAAUACUAUGAAAUGAAUGAAAAUAGAGACACAACAUACCAGAACUUAUAGGAUGCAGUGAAAGCAGUGACUAGAAGGAAACUUAUGGCUAUAAACACUUACAUUAAAGAAGAAAAGUAUCAAAUCAUUAACUUAAACUUGCUUCUUGUUAAGACACUAGGAAAAGAAGAACAAAUUGAGGGCCGGCCUGUGGCUCACUUGGGAGAGUGCGGUGCUGAUGACACCAAGGCCACGGGUUCGGAUCCCUACAUAGGGAUAUCCAGUUAGCUCACUUGGGAGAGCAUGGUGCUGACAACACCAAGUCAAGGGUUAAGAUCCCCUUACGGGUAUCUUUAAAAAAAAAAAAAGAAGAACAAACUGAACUUAAAGCAAGUAGAAAGAAGGAAGUAAGAAAGAUUAGAGCAGAAAUGAAUGAAAUAGAGAGUAGAAAAAUAAUAGAGAAAAUUAAUAAAACAAAAAGUUGGUUCUUUGAAAGCAUCAAGAAAAUUAACAAAUCUUUAGCUAGACUGAUCCAAAAAACUAAAAAGAGAGAGAGAAGAAUCGAAUUAUUAAAAUCAGGAAAGAUGGGACAUUACUACUGACCUCACAGGGAAAUAAAAAAGGAUCCUAAGGGAAUAUUACAAACAAUUGUAAGCCAACAAAUUAGAUAAUUUACAUGAGAUGACAAAAAUUCUGGGCUGGCUGGUUAGCUCAGUUGGUUAGAGCACAGUAUUAUAACAUCCCCAUAUAGGCCAGCCGCCAAAAAAAAAAAAAAAAAAAAUCCUAGAAAGACAUAAACUACUGGAAACUGACUCAAGAAGAAAUAGAAAAUCUGAAUAGACCUACAACAAGUAAAGCAGUCAAAUUAGUUAUUUUAGAACUUCCCACAAAGAAAAUCCUAGGCCCACUUGACUUUCCCGUGAUUUCUACCAAACAUUCAAAGAAGAAUCAACAGCAGUUCUUCACAACCUCUUUCCAAAAAUAGAAGAGGAGAGAUCACUUCCCAAUUUAUUCAGUAAGGCCAGUAUUACCCCAAUACCAAAAUCAAGCAAAGGCAUCACAGGAAAACACUGUCUCUUAGGAAUAUAGAAGCCAAAAUCCUCAACAGAACACCAACAAACAGAAUCCAGCAACAUAAAAAAUUAUUAUUCACCAUGACCAACUGAGAUUUAUUCCAGGAAUGUAAGAUUAAUUUAACAUCCAAAACUUAAUGCAAUCCACCAUAUGUGCAGAAUAGACUUAUCAUAGCAGGCCUGAGACUGCUGCACCUAGGAUUGCCCGCUUGCGAGUCUGGCCCUUAGCUGGUAUCUGGGAACUUGACUGGUAAACAUUUCCCUUAUUGACAUAAUACUGUGCCUAAAUGAUAAUAGUUGUUCACUCUUACCUGUUUGUACAAAAAAUGUGAUUUUUGGUGAACACCAGCUUUUCUUCUGAGUCUGGAAUUUCAGUGACUGCAGUCAUGAUGUGCUUACCUGGCCAACCCCCAAUAAAAACCCUGGACUCCUAGGUUCAAGCAAGCUUCCCUGUUGUACAAUACUUCACAUGUGUUGUCCCAACUUGUUGCUGGAAAAUUAAGGACAUUCUGCGCAACUCUGGGGGACAGGACUUUUGGCAGCUUCUGCCUGGUUUUCUCUGGACUUCACCCCAUGUACUUUUUUCUGUUGCUGAUUUUGCUUUGUAUCUUUUCACUGUAAUAAAUCUUAAACAUGAGUAUGAUUA